UGUGAAAAAUUGAAAGUUUUAUUGACGUAUUUAAUAAAAUUUUUCAUUUUACACAAUUUUGAAAAAACAUUGAGAAAAUAAAUACAUAGAUCGAUUCACACACUAGUGCUACGAUUUAAAAACGUACAACUGGAAUCGCAUUGUGAAUGAAAAGAUUGGAAACUCUCGUUUCUCAUUAGUGAGUCCGAUGAAAUUUUAAGACAAACUUGAGAAUCACUAUUGAUCGAAGGCAACUGUGUCUUUGAAAAUCUAAAUUGUCGGAUUACGAUCAAUAGGCGACGUCGACCGUUGGUUUCCCGCCAAAAGGCUCUUUCUCAGGAUAGGCUAGGUAGACCGGGGCAGUCUGGGACAAACCUGGUAGACCGGGUAGACAGAUAGAGGGCGAACGGGCGGCCGCCAUUGGCGCCACUGUCAGCCGACGCGGUUGCUGUUUUCGUCUUGUCUCGCACGACAACGAGCAAUUUCGCAGGCGGAGGAAAAUUUAACCGAUCGUCAACCUAGCAGUGUAAAAAUAAGCGUUACAAGGGAUCUAAGGAAUUAAAUAAACACAUACAGGAUGGAGGGAGACGAUGGCCCUUCAGCCAUUAGUAACAAACCUACUAUUAUCAAAGCGGCGCAAGAAGAAAUGGGCCGAUUGGAUGUACUUGUAUGUGGACAAUGUCAUAGCGUCUUUCACUUUAUUGAGGAAUUUCAAGAACAUCGCACAAAAGUGGGAGCUUGCUCUGAAACAUCGCACUUUCGCGAAAACAACGACAAUGGACAGAAGGCGCAAGUUUGGGCGUUUCUUUUAUGGAAGGACUCACAGAUUCAACAGGAAAGCUCUGACAAGGAAGCAACUAAACCUUGGAAUUUGUAUCAGAAAUGGUGUAAGAUGGAUCCACACGUAAGAGAUUCAUGGAUCACAGCAGGGAAAACCAUACAAACUUUCACAAAAAUUAGUAAUGCAAAAAUGCAGGAAACACCAAGGCAUAUUCAAUCAAACACCACCGACGGUACCAAGCCUAUAGUAGUUCGCAAAGUUAUUAGAAACGGACAACCGGAAGAAACGAGCGAUGUUAAGAAAGAUACUACAAAAACUGUGGAUACGAAAGCACAGGAACCUAUGGAGAUCGAGACGGACAAGAGGGAGAAACCAAAAUUGAAACCGUCAAUAAAACCGAAGAAUAAGUCCGGCAAGGCAGCUACCGAUGAGGACGCAGAUCUAAGCAACGAGGAAUAUGUUGUUGAGAAAAUUUUAGCUAAACGUUUAAACACGAAAAAGAAGUGCGCGGAAUAUCUAAUCAAGUGGGAAGGCUACACAAUAGAGGACAACACAUGGGAGCCCGCAGAGAACGUGGCGAUUUGCAAAAAUCUAUUGGAGGAAUUUGAACGAAACCUUGCUAAACAGAAGGAGCUUAAAGCUGCUCAACAACAGGCUAGCACGAAAGUCGUAACACGUACGAGUUUACCUGUGCAGAAACCAGUUAUAAAAGUCGAAGCUAGCAAACCUGGACCAAGCACGGCAUCUCAAGCAGGACGACCGAUGCGGUCUAGUAAAUCAAAAGCAAUGGAUCAAGUUAAGCAGUGGGUCGGUUCGAUGAAGGACGAGGAUAAUGAUUUAACAGGUAAGAGAAGAAUCGAUUAUUCGGAUAGCGAUUCGGAGGAUGGCGGAGGUAAUGCUGCGAAGAGAACGAAAGUUGAUACGGGAAGCGACGACGAAUGGACCGGAGAAUCUGAAGAUGAAAGACUAACAGGCCGUAGCGACGUGAUACAACGUGCUUUCAACCGCGCCAAUGCUCAAUCCAACGGAUCCAACAGAGCGUCAGUCUCAACUACGGAUUUAGCCACUUCGUUAGGGCUGCAGUCGCCCGAUGGAGCAAAAUCCAACCAGCCUCCCGUUUUAGUAGCCAAUGCUAAAGGAGUGGUUAAAGUUGAUGCGAAGCAAAUGCCGAAUUUAACUUCUGGUGUUUACGUUAUGUCACGAAAGGACGGUAUCAUCAAGUUAGAUUCAUCACCUAGUGGCAAACUAGCGGUCAAAGGAUCUUCAUCGACGCAAGGUGUUUUGAUGGUGCCAAAUCGCGACAAUACAAACGUAGUGAGGAAACAAGUAAUCUCAACGUCGCAAUCGAACUCGAUGACUCCUGUGAAGGUAGUCUCGAAGAUGGAUGGCAGCCAAGUGGUAACUCAGAUGAAGGUAGUCCAAAAGACUAUCACGUCCAAGGUGAAUGCGCAAAAGACGGAACCUAUUAAAAUACAACCCAAGCCGGAUCCAACGCAGUUGCAACAGAUACACGUUGUAACUGCGGUGCAAACACCGUUAACUCUACAACCUCGAAUAACCACAGCUAUAAGACCUGCCUCAGUCACACCUCAACGAACGGCGGACGGUCGUCCUUUGUUACCCAGACCGGCCCUACGGGCUACAGCGCCGACUAGCGUUCUCGGUACCAUACGUUCACCAGUAAGAGCACCGUCUCCGAGACAGGUACAGCCACAGACGCCGCGUCAAGUGUUGCACAAGCGUACAACGACAGUCGUAAGUACUACGCAAGCCGUUUCGCCGAGCGCCGCUAGCACGGUCACACAAAUUAGACCGAAAUUCACAGUACUCACCACUCAACCUAAACAGGUGAUAAAAACUGGUGGAACCAGCCUAGUGCAAACCACACAAAAGCAAUCUCCGAAGUCGCCACUGGGUAAAACACAGUCGUUAUCACCGCAGCAAAAAUUACUAAUGAUAAAGAGGAAAGCCCAAGAAGCAGCGGGCAUAAUCAAGCCGGGUGGCCGUGGACUUCUGACAGGUGCUCGUGCUGCUGUGGGACGAGGCAGAGCGAAAGUAACUGAGUCGCCCGCAACGAUCGCGCAUGUGGGAAACAAACCUAAGGAGAGCAAACUAGCCGAGGGUGAUGGAUUACACAUGCAGUUUCAUGUUGGCUCAGAGGAGAGCAGUAGUGAGGGCGAACCAGAUUUGCCUCCGCCCGACCCGGACACCGUCACAGCUCCCGAACCAGACAGUCCGCCGCGUCCGUUCACAUUGUGCCCUCUCACAGGUCGUAUUAUCGGUCCGGACGGCGAACCGAUCGAGCAACAGACGGAACAGGAGCCUGAGUCGACAGCUCCUUCGGCUGCGUUGUCGAGUGUGAAAGAAGCUUCCAUCAUAUCCGAGACAGCGACGCCAGACGCCACGACGGCUACAACCACUACCACUACUACCACCAUCACCACUACUAUCAACACCAACAUCACUAACACUAGCACCGCCACCACUACUACCAUUUCCACUAGCAACACCAACAACAAUACUGCUAACAACACUAAUACUACUACCACUACUACCACCACUACCGGCGUCGUUGCCGCCGCCGCCGCCGCCGCCGCCGCUGCUGCUACUGCUGCGACCACAACGGCUGAAUUGGUCUUACCUUCUCUCGACUCGCUCACGACAGAAAGCGGUGGCAUGGUGAGAGUCGAAAUGAGUCCUGGCGGUACUACAGGUACUAUCGUCCAAACAGGCGAAACCGCGCAGAUAAAUCUGUCGAAUGUCGCGGUACCUGCACCGGAUCUACCUUGUUUGGACGAUACAUCACCCACAGUUCCAGUGACAACUGCAUCCGUGACGACGCCCUUGACAGAAGCCGCAUCUGGCGGCACCGAAACCUCCAUCACUACGGCGUUGUCGACAGUUACGGCGACACCUACAGCUACCGUGUCAGUAACAACGGCUGAUGUCAACAAAACCGAAGAGAAGGUCUCGGAGGAAAGAAAAGUGACAGACGAGGCGUCCAAUCUGGUCACAAUAGCUGAACAUGGCGUUGUGUAUCAGGUUGCGGGACAAGCUGAGGACGGACAGACACUUUUGGUAACGCGUGGCGCUGACGGCGAGCAGCAAUGCGUGUACGUUACUACUGAACAGCAAGGAGACGAUGGUUCCGUCUUGACGUUGGAUCACGCUGUAGCUGAAGCUGUGGCGCAAUUGAUUCCAGACCAAGUAAAUCUCACUCCUCAAUUUUACGUGAAGGAGGACGGGACAGAACCGACUGAGAAUUCAAUGGUAAUGUCUAUAAUGGAUAACGCAAAUGCAACCGAUGUCGCCGGUACUCAAGAAGACAACGAUGGACAGGCUCAAGUUGUAGCCCAAGUGGUACAAGCCGAGGAACCCACUCCAGGUGGAACUAGGAGAGUGGUGUUACUUUUACCGGAUGGGAAUUUUAUGAUGACCGAGGUAGACGAGGAACAAUAUGCUGCACUGGAGCUCGACAAAUGAAGAAGAUGCACGCAAUUCUUUUGCAGCCAAGAUGCACGUAAUUCUUUUGCGUACCGGGCAAAAUGUACACGACUACGUGUCGACUUACGCGUUACGCGCAAAUUGUACGCUCAUGUGUAAUCGUGAAUUGUACAUAUGUAAGAAGGUUCACCUCGUACGAUUGCGCUCAUUGACGUCUUAAAUAUCGGCUAGACAGGUAUUGCAAAACGAGAACAGAUGUAAAAAAAAAAGAUAAACGAGAGAGGAAAAGAUCGAGAAACAAGCAGAAAUGAAUACGCAUCAAGAAAUCUAAAGUUAAGAUUAAAUCAAUCUUACGACGUUCUAGAAAUGUACGCUCAGUGUAACUAACUGGUAUCUCAGUUUUUUCGUGUUUACUUUUACGUCAUCAAAUAGCACAGAUACUACGAAUGCAGAGUAAAGAUACAGCAGUACUUUCAAUACAGUGACAUCAAUAUGAUAUGUUCGUAACUAUUACAUUGUAUUUGUAGGAUAGUAAAGUAUAUAAUAUGGGGUUUUAUAUUUUCCAAACAGUAAUAAGCUUUGAUAAAAAAGAAAAAAAGCGGAAGAAUCUUAUUCCACGCAUACAAAGUUCAAGGUGAUAGUGUCGUAUGGUUAUCGCAACGGACACAUCUGUAAUGAAGUGGAUUUACAUCGCGUCGUAUAUAUAAACAUUAAAAAAGAAUAUCAAAAGAUACUAUUUAUCACAAAAUGUUUUGAUUUCGAACUCGCGCGAAUUGCUUUCAUUAUGCUGUGAGUGCUAAUGGAAUAUCAUUAUAUGAUAUGAUUAAAAUGAAGUAUUCUUGUAUGAAUCAUUCAAAUUAAUGAUUAUCCCAUAUUCGUUAUACGAUCGUAAAAUGUGUCUUACAUAACAUGGACUACGUAUGCUUAUCUAUAGGAUAAAUAAGUGCACUAACGAAACACUUGUAGUUUCCGAGUCUAUAAGGCUUAAAAUACAAUGUUGUUGAACUGAA